AUGCACACAAUAUUCGCUCGUAUAAACAACAUCUCUGCACUCUUUUCCUCAUGUGUCAUGGGCCUCUUGGCGGCCAUAGCCCUCUCCUCGAUAUUCGUCUCGUACUUCGAAGCGCCGCUGGAGGGCGGUUCGGUGACGGUUCAUGGCGUCAAAGUAAAGCAUGGGAAGGGGAGGCAGUAUCGCUUCGAGCACGCAUUCGUUGACUUCGAGAUUGACUCCGACCUCUCCCCACUGUUCAACUGGAAUACGAAGCAGCUCUUUCUCUAUCUGGAUGCGGAGUACACAAACGCAAAGGGGGUCAAAAACGCCGUUGUCAUCUGGGACCGCAUCGUUCGUCGGAAAGAGGACGCCCACAUUCAAGUAAAAAAUCGUCAAAAGUACCAAUUCAAAGAUGUUUCUGGCUUCCGAGACGCGUCUGCAAUCUAUACUCUGCGGUAUAAUGUGAUGCCAUGGGUUGGUGCACUGACCUACGGGACGGCGGGCAGCACCAAUGUCACUGUACCGUUCCCGCCCAUGAUCAACCAUUCUUAG